AUGCCUGGAUUUGCCAGAGACGCCGGUGAACGUGCUCCGGUGUCGAUUUUAGCGAAGAACGAUAGUUCUACCCGCGAAAUCACUGCUUACAAGGGAAACCUGGAAAACACGUCAAAGUGGCCAAAGUACCGGCCGAUGGAUGAGAAGACUUAUGUGAACCCACACAAGCUGCAAAUUGUGACGUCUGGAAAUGAGAAUAACAAGGAAAAUGGGCGUGCAUCGGAAAGUUGGGAAAUCGGAGGUAACAGCGAUGAUUUCAAAAGUCCAGCAAGUGCGCUAACCACCGCUGUAUCGUUCACAAUGGGAAACAGGUCUGACAAAAUAUCGCACAGAGGAUCUAUAUCAGCACGGCCGUCGUCGGUGGCGCUCACAACGCAAGGUGGAGCGAGCAGCACCGGUCCAGCGGGGUCAGAAUCUCGCCAGAACUCAAUUGCAAGCAACUAUCAUAUUGAUUCUAGUGCAGCUCCUUCCCGUCAAAACUCUGCACACAUGCCAGGAGAAUACAUUAGCAUGGAUUUUGCGAAUCAAAAUAUGCCAAAGUCCCAGCUAUCCUCUAAUAACGCCAAUCCUGCCCGCAAGCAACAGCUUCCCAGCAACAAAGCACUCAUCGAUGCCCAAAUGGGACCAAAGCUGCCUUUUACUGAGUUUUUCCAAAAACACGAUGAUAACAAAAUUCAUAUUUUGAUAGGCGCCACAGGAUCCGUCGCCACCAUCAAAGUCCCUGUAAUCAUCGACAAACUGUACAAAAACUACGGACCAGACAAGGUUUCAAUCCAGCUUGUGGUGACAAAACCAGCCGAGCAUUUCUUGCGCGGAUUGAAAAUUUCGACAGAUGUGAAAAUAUGGCGGGACGAGGACGAAUGGUGCGGCUUCAAAAGAAUGGGAGAUCCUAUGCUUCACACCGAGCUUCGAAGAUGGGCAGACAUCUGUUUGCUUGCUCCCUUAUCUGCGAAUACCCUGGCGAAAUUAGCGUACGGUAUUUGCGACAAUUUGCUGACAUCUUUACUUCGGUGUUGGACACCUUGCACCCCUGUUUUGGUGGCUCCAGCUAUGAACACAUUCAUGUACACCCACCCUGUAACUAAAAAGCAUCUAAUGAUGCUACAGGAAGAAUCGCCUCACAUAACCAUACUGAAGCCCGUGGAAAAAGUUCUAGUGUGUGGUGACAUCGGUAUGGGUGGAAUGCGCGACUGGCACGACAUUGUGGAUAUUUUGACGAGAAAGCUAGCCGAGGUUCGCACUGACGUUGACCAAGGCCUGGCAGAAGAUGAGGAAGAUGAUGACGAUGAAGAAGAAGGCGAUACCAACCUACCGGACGAAACCGAUUCCGACGACAGUGGCGUCGACGGAGGAGAUGACGACGACGACGACGACGAUGAAGACGAAGACGAAGAAGAAAGCAAAAGAGACAACGAAAAACACGCUACGAAUGGCAGCAACAGAGAAUUGAGUGAAAAAAGUAGCUGGAAAACACAUGAAGGAAACGAGCUGCUGUGA